CCCCCCUCUGGCGAACGACAGGCAAGUCAGUCAGUCGGUCAGUGCGAUUGUUUGCCCGUUAGUUUGCUUGUAAGCUGCCAGCUGAUCGGACGCAACCGACGCGUAGUGCUGCGUGUGCGUUCGUGUACCUUUACGCUUCGGAAAGAUCGCGGGCGCACGCUCCGCGUUUGCGUGCGCCCUUCUCCUUUGCGUACACGUAUAACACGAUAAAGUGCGUGUUUUUUGUUUCUUAGUUUGUUUGUGUCUCGCAGCACGAUGGUGGAGCUGAUGGAUAAUUGGUGGCCGUUUGUGCUGGCGGUAGGGCGGCUGGGCCGCGGUGUCAUCGCAUUCCUGCUGCACCAUCUUCGCAUGCGCUGGUUUCCGCCGCGUGACUGUCCCCUGGUCAGCGUGCGACAGGGUCAACUGCGUGGCAUUACGAGCCGCCUGCCGAACGGCGCCCGGUACCAUUACUUCAAGGGUGUACCGUACGCGGAGGCACCGGUCGGGCGGCUGCGCUUUAAGGCUCCGAUUGCGCUGGAACGGUUCCGCAAGCCGUUGCUCAAUUGCUACGCCGAGCGGAGCGACUUCAUACAGCUGGAUUUCUUUUCCGGCUUUGUGUUUGGGUCGGAAAGUGGCCUGUACUUGAAUGUGUACACACCGCAGCUACCCCAGGCCGGGGUGGAAGAUGGCCCGAUCGGGCGGGAAAGCCUGCCGGUGAUGGUGUUUCUGCACGGUGGCGGUUUUGCGUGCGGCAGUGGCAGCAGUCUGUUCUACAGUCCCGAGUAUUUCCUGGAACGGGGUGUGCUGGUAGUUACGGUGAACUAUCGGCUUGGUCCGUUCGGGUUCCUGUACCUCCCAGAGGCUGAUGUUGAGGGAAACGCGGGCCUAAAAGAUCAGCUGAUGGCGCUCCGGUGGGUCCAUGAAAACAUUGCCAGCUUCGGUGGCGAUCCCCACAACGUGACGCUGUUCGGUGAAAGUGCCGGCAGCUUCUCUACAUAUCUGCACAUGCUCUCGCCAAAUUCAAGGAAAUAUUUUCAUCGUGUAAUCUGCCAGAGUGGCGUCGUCUGUUCGAGCUCGUUCAUGCAGGCCAACCCGCUCGAGAUGGCCUUCAAUCUUGCCCGCCACUUCGGGUACAGUGGGACGAGCCAACAGGGUGCGCUAGAAACACUGCAACAGGUUCCAGCGAAACAGUUGGCCCAGCAGCAACGUAAAGCCCUUGGUCAGCAUGCAGAGAAGCAGUCCGAUCUUGUCUUCAUCUUUCUUCCCGUAGUGGAGCAACACCUCACCGAACACUCCAUCAUAACAAAACCCCCCGAAGAGUUGCUCAAAUCGUACGACACACUCCGUACGCCCCUGCUGGAAGGCUGCAACGAUGCAGAAGGCAUACUCGGUCUGUACAUCCUACGACGCAAGACACGCGGCGAGGACAUACGCCAUCUCCCGGGUCGACUAGCCUCCAAGCUGUUCCGUCACCUGGACACUGCGGAGCUUGCCGAAGUAACACACAAGAUACGGAAGUUCUAUUUCGCCAACGAUCCUCCAUCCGCAUGGUCCACCGAUCAGAUCAAGCACCUGCUGACGGAUGUGAUCUUCAUGAUGGACUCCGCGAUCAAUGCCGAAUGGCUUGCCAAGUAUCAGCCGAACCUGCGGCACUAUCACUACCGCUUCACGUACGACGGUCGGUACAGUUUGCUGAAGCGCCUGUUCCUGAGUGCGUCCGUGUCCGGGGCCUGCCAUGGGGAUGACUUGAUGUACAUGUUCAAACCAAAGUUCUUGCCUACCUUUGCACCUGCCAGUGAUGAGUGUCGCGUGCGGGAUAACUUUGUUGCCCUGUGGACCAGCUUUGCAAGACAUGGGGAUCCUUCAGCUGGUUCGCGUGAAGUCGUCGCUGUACCGUGGCGUCCGGUGGGAAAGAUUUCUCGCGAAGGUUCGUCUGACUUUCGGCUAGACUGUCUGGAGAUCAAUGUACAGCCGGCUAUGGUGAGUGACCCGUGCCGGGAGCGUGCUUACUUCUGGAGAGAUCUGCUCGAAGCACACCGAAAGGGUCAUCUAUGAGAGCUCAGUGUGUUCCAGUGUGUGAUAACCGUAUUAUGCGUUUAGUUUGUAAGUGGUUUCAAAGGCUACUCAUAGGUAGUAGUGCUCCGAGUUUAAGGAUCUGAGUGCAUGACGCGAAAGCCAAGCUUUCACAAGAGUUGUUUAUUCCCAAAAAAACAAUGCUCCAACUGCCUUGGAGGUUUUAGUGCCUCAAAAUAUAUCAAUUUUAUUGCUUUGGGUUA